UGCUCGGGGUGACCUUCUUCUGGCCCGGGCUGUGGGGCGGGGAGUCGUGCGCGGGGCGCUCUGUGACGAGGCGCCGCCGCGGUCCUGCGGAAAGGAGCGAGCCAGCGGGGUCGUGAGCGGGGCCAGAGGCCGGGUCAGGCCCGCAAAGUCCGCGAGCCCGAAGCCCGCGCCCCCGGUGCGGCGGAGAGUCUGGCUGCGAGCCCUGCUGGCGGAGCUCCCGCGGCCCGUGUGGAGGGCGGGGAAGGCCCUUUCCUAAGCAUAAUGGCAGAAACUGCUUCUCCACUGAAGCACUUUGUGCUGGCUAAAAAGGCAAUUACUGCAAUCUUUGAACAGUUACUGGAGUUUGUUACUGAAGGAUCACAUUUUGUUGAAGCAACGUACAAGAAUCCAGAACUUGACCAAGUAGCUGUUGAGGAUGACUUGAUAGAAAUACAGAGGUAUAAAAACAAGCUUUCCGUUAUUGGCGAGGUGCUGUCUCGGAGACACAUGAAAGUGGCAUUUUUUGGCAGGACAAGCAGUGGGAAGAGCUCUGUUAUCAAUGCCAUGUUGUGGGAUAAAGUCCUCCCUAGUGGGAUUGGCCAUACAACCAAUUGCUUCCUGAGCGUUGAAGGAACGGAUGGAGAUAAAGCCUAUCUCAUGACAGAAGGGUCAGAUGAAAAAAAGAGUGUGAAGACAGUUAAUCAACUGGCCCAUGCCCUUCACAUGGACAAAGACUUGAAAGCUGGCUGUCUUGUACAUGUGUUUUGGCCAAAGGCAAAAUGUGCCCUCUUGAGAGAUGACCUGGUUUUAGUGGACAGUCCAGGUACAGAUGUCACUACAGAGCUGGAUAGCUGGAUUGAUAAAUUUUGUUUAGAUGCUGAUGUCUUCGUUUUGGUCGCAAACUCUGAAUCAACACUGAUGAACACGGAAAAACAGUUUUUUCACAAGGUAAAUGAGCGACUUUCCAAGCCUAAUAUUUUCAUUCUGAAUAAUCGUUGGGAUGCCUCUGCAUCAGAGCCAGAAUAUAUGGAAGAUGUACGCAGACAACACAUGGAGAGAUGCCUACAUUUCUUAGUGGAGGAGCUCAAAGUUGUGGAUCCUUUAGAAGCACGGAAUCGUAUCUUUUUUGUUUCUGCAAAGGAAGUUCUUAAUGCUAGAAAGCACAAAGCACAGGGGAUGCCAGAAGGUGGUGGGGCACUUGCAGAAGGAUUUCAGGCAAGAUUACAGGAAUUUCAGAAUUUUGAACAAAUCUUUGAGGAGUGUAUCUCGCAGUCAGCAGUGAAAACAAAGUUUGAACAGCACACUAUCAGAGCUAAACAAAUACUAGAAACUGUGAAAAACAUAAUGGAUUCAAUAAACGUGGCAGCAGCAGAGAAAAGGGUUUAUUCAAUAGAAGAGAGGGAAGACCAAAUUGAUAGACUGGACUUUAUCCGAAACCAGAUGAACCUUUUAACUCUGGAUGUUAAGAAAAAAAUCAAGGAAGUUACAGAGGAGGUGGCAAAUAAGGUUUCAUGUGCAAUGACAGAUGAAAUUUGUCGACUCUCUGUUUUGGUUGAUGAAUUUUGUUCUGAGUUUCAUCCUACUCCCAGUGUAUUGAAAGUGUAUAAAAAUGAGUUAAAUAAGCACAUAGAAGAUGGAAUGGGAAGAAAUUUGGCUGAUCGGUGUACCAAUGAAGUCAAUGCUUCGAUGUUUCAGUCCCAGCAAGAAAUUAUUGAAAAUUUGAAGCCAUUACUUCCAGCUGGUAUACAGAAUAAACUACAUACACUGAUUCCUUGCAAGAAAUUUGAUCUUAGCUAUGACCUAAAUUGCCACAAGUUAUGUUCAGAUUUCCAAGAGGAUAUUGUAUUUCGGUUUUCCCUGGGCUGGUCAUCCCUUGUCCAUCGUUUCUUGGGCCCUACAAAUGCUCAGCGGGUGCUUCUAGGAUUAUCAGAGCCCAUCUUUCAGCUCCCCAGAUCUUUAGCUUCUACUCCCACAGCUCCUAACAAUCCAGCAACACCAGAUAAUGCAUCACAGGAAGAAAUCAUGGUUACCUUAAUAACAGGAUUAGCUUCUCUUACCUCUAGAACUUCGAUGGGCAUCAUUGUUGUUGGAGGAGUGAUUUGGAAAACUGUAGGCUGGAAACUCAUAUCCAUUUCAUUAAGUAUGUAUGGAGCUUUGUAUCUUUAUGAGAGGCUGACUUGGACCACCCGUGCCAAGGAGAGAGCCUUUAAACAGCAGUUUGUGAACUAUGCAACUGAAAAACUGCAGAUGAUCGUUAGCUUCACAAGCGCCAACUGUAGCCAUCAAGUACAACAGGAAAUGGCAACCACUUUUGCUCGCCUGUGCCAACAAGUUGAUAUUACACAAAGACAUCUAGAAGAAGAAAUUGCUAGAUUAUCCAAAGAAAUAGAUCAACUGGAGAAAAUACAAAGCAAUUCAAAGCUCUUAAGAAAGAAAGCUGUUCAACUUGAAAACAAGCUGGAGAAUUUUACUAAGCAGUUUCUACAUUCAAGCAAUGAAGAAUCUUAAUGGAGAUUGCUUCGGUGAUCAUCAUAGGAGAAAAUGGAACUUAGAAGACUGGGACAGUUAUUUUUAUGAAGUGACUUUAAAUAUGAAUUAUACUAACUACACCUAAACAGCAAAUCCUUGAGUAGAUUCCGGUACUAAUCUAUCUCAAGGUGUUUGCAUUUCUGAAGAGUGUUAUGUCUCUUUGGUUUUAAUUUUAGGUAAAGAAAAAGCCUUUGAUGUGUGAAAGUGAUGAACUAGUUAAAAAGCAAAAGAACCAACUCUGUGACCCCUGAGGGGUGGGGCCUUGCUCUUAAUUAGGGCUCUCUUUGUUUUUGAUUCUGAAAAAACUCUGCUUCCUGGCAUCCAGGAGUUAGAGAAUGCUCCUUUCUUCUUCUUUCUCAGAACUAAUUUGUGAUGCAUACUUUAAUGGGAAUGGUCACAUUUUUUUGUUUUAUAAAAAAACUGCACUGCUCUAACCACAAAGGUGUGUGGAAUGUUCUUGAGUAUAUUGUUUAUGCAGGUUACAAUCACUUGCCCUCCUGGCAGGUAUAUAAACCACAAAUGAUGCUGUUUUUAGUCCCUCUUUUAUUCCCAUUAAAAUUGAUCUAAAAUGGUUUUGUUAUUAUAAUUUGUUCAUCCAUUUCUAAAGAAAUGUUUAGCCUCAACUCUGAUUCCAGUUACGGAAAGCUUUCCAUGUCAGUUUUAGAAGUGAUUUUUUUUUUAAAGUUUAAUAGCCAAAGAUAAGGGAGGUCUGAAUUUUGAGUGGUUAUGGUCAUGUAUAAACACUGUUCUUCAGAAGGUAUUUGCAGAGGAUACUGCUGGAUUACCCCUGGGGUUGCUUUUAUGUUUAUUUCAUUGUAUGAAUUUGCCAGGGCAUGGUUUAAAAUGAUUACUGUAUUUUUUAUCUUAAUGAAAUGUGUAUGGGUUCAAGUAUUGUGUCUGUUUCUAUGUUAAAAACUAAUUGAAAUGUCUAUGGAAACAUUAAAAACUGACAUUCUAGGGCUUUGCUACACAAAAUAUAGUUUUGAGGACCACCAGAUCAGCAUCACAUAGAUGGUUGUUAGAAAUGCACAAUCCCAGAAAACAGUGCAUCUGGUCAAUAUAGUUUAUGCCACUUUUCCAUGGGAAAGCUAACAUUUCAGGCUUUUUUUUUUUUUUUUUUUUAAUACUUAGCACUUUUUCUGUGCCUUUGAGGCUCUCGGAUGCUGUUUUUCACAGCAGGUGCAACACUUUUUUAAGAUAUUUUAAGGAGAAAAUAACAUUAUUUAGGCCAUAGAAGCCUUUCAAAAUAUAUUUUUAUGCAAAUCAGAUACUAGGAUACAAUAUUCAAAUCCAAAUAUUGGUUUGUAGCUAAUUUUGUUGCUUUAUAACCAAAAAAUGACAUAAGCCACAAAGAAGUGGGAUUAGGUAACAACUGCAACAUGAAAACCUGAUGUCUAAGACUGGGUACUGCUUAUUAAGGUUACAAAAUCAUGGCCUUAAUCUUUAUACGCAAGUACUUGAACUUUUGAAAUACACAGUGGUUCUCAAAGUUUAGUCUUUCCAUCAGCAGUUAUCACUUGUAAACUUGUAAGAAUUACAUUCUUGAUUCUCAUCCCAGACCUAGAGAGUCAAAUACUAGGUCUGGGGGCUAGCAGUCUGAUUUAACAAGCCCUAAGGAUGAUUGUUGAUGCAUGCUAAAGUUUGGGAAAUUCCGGAAUAGUGCUUCUGGUAUAAUAAGUUUAUACUAAGUUUUGCAUCACUAACUUGAAUGCAGUUCCACCUGAUCAAGUUUGAAAAUGUAUGAAGGUUGGAAAUGGGACACUAAAAUAAUGAAACCCAACCUCUAUGCUUGGAGAUAAGUGCACCCAUGACCAAGCCUGUGAAUUAUAAAGAAGUUGAUUUAUAGCUGAUGUAGUUAAAAGUUAUUGCACAUUUACUUGAUUGUCUACUAUGUAUGUUUGCAGGAUUAUUUAUAAACUUUGUAUGAUCUUAAGUUUUUUCAAAACUACAUUUUUUAUGUGUGCAAGGUGAAAAUAAAACUUAUUUGCCUGA